CGAUUUCAGUUGCCGUUCAACAGCCGCGAAUUCCGAACGUACCGCGCGGCAGCUACAGUUUCUGCUACGAAGUGGCGCGCAAAUUCGAAUAAAACUCAUGUAAUUUGAAUGUAAAGCGAGUAAACUGUGAAUAUUCGGCCAAUUAAAGUGCAGGAGCAUAAAAGUGUUAAGGAACAAGUGCACAUAUAAAAUUAAAAAAAAAAACGGCCACUAAAUAAAACUUGAACGGGGGCUGAUUUGUUGAUUUGUUAUCGCCGGUUGCAGUGCGUGCCGUUUAAAAGCCAAUUUAAGUGGCAGGCAUUUAAUCAAGCCUCAACUCGAGUUGAGACCACGGCGCAGCUUUGUCACUGAGGAGGCGACGCAGCGGCGUCCUUGGCAUGCCACUGUGUGUGCUGCUGCUGCGACUGCUGCCACCCAGUUGGCGCCCCUCAAGCAGCAUCCAACAUUGUUAGUAGCUGUUGCCGUUGGGGCAUUGUUGUUUCGUGCCCGCUACCAGCCGCCCUUCCCCCGAACGCGCACAUUCACAAAAUUCCCAGUGAAAACAUAGCCAUAAAUUAACAACUAAUUCAAUUAACUGCUGACAGCGUCAACGAGCUGCUCCGGCUGCAGUCAGGACGCGGCACCAGGAGCUACCUGCCGCAGUCUUUACAUUCCGUUUUGCAGCACUGUUUUCUUUGAAUGCAGCAGCCGCACCAUGGCUGAGCAGACCAGCAACAGCAGCAGCAGCAGCAGCGGCAGCGUCAGCAGCAGCAGCAGCAGCAGCGGCAGCUCGCACAUUGCCGCCGAAAGUGGACCCGAUUUUGAUGCACUGCGCGCCGCGUGCAAUGCGCGCUUGAAUAGCAGCCACCAGUUGACAGGUAAGCGUAGAUGCGACAUGCCACAUGCCGCAUGCCAUAGCACAGUACAGUUCGCUUAUAAACUCGUCUCUUUAGGUUCCUACUGUGCCGGCACUUUUGAUGGCUGGCUUUGUUGGCCCGACACGGCCGCCGGCAGUUCCGCUUAUGAGCUGUGCCCGGACUUCAUCACCGGCUUUGAUCCGGCGCGCUAUGCGCACAAGGAGUGCGGCGAGGAUGGCGAAUGGUUUAAGCAUCCGCUGACCAACAAAACCUGGUCGAAUUACACCACCUGCGUGAAUCUGGACGAUUUAGCGCGUAAUCACAAUGUGAACCUGAUCUACGAGGUGGGCUACAGCAUCUCGCUGCUGGCCAUACUCCUAUCGCUGGCCAUCUUAAGCUAUUUCAAAUCUUUAAAAUGCGCCCGCAUCACGCUGCACAUGAAUCUGUUCAGUUCUUUUGCGGCCAACAGUUCGCUGUGGCUCAUUUGGUAUCUGGUGGUGGUGCCCAAUACGGAGCUAGUGCAGCUAAGCCCGGGCUAUUGCGUGGCAUUGCACAUCAUUUUGCACUAUUUUCUGCUGACCAACUAUUCGUGGAUGCUGUGCGAGGGCUUCUAUUUGCACACGGUGCUGGUAGCCGCGUUUAUAUCGGAGAAAAAGCUGGUCAAAUGGUUGAUUGCCUUCGGCUGGUGUUCGCCGGCCAUUGUGAUUUGCAUCUAUGGACUGGCUCGUGGAUUCACUGGUAGUUGGGAACAGAAUCUGCACUGCUGGAUGACCGACACGGACUUCAACUACAUUCUAAUAGUGCCCGUCUGCAUUUCAAUCUUUCUCAAUUUGCUGUUCCUUUGCAAUAUUGUGCGCGUCGUUCUGCUCAAGCUGAACGCCCCGGCGAGCAUUCAGGGCAGCUGCGGACCCUCACGCACUGUUUUGCAGGCAUUUCGAGCUACGCUGCUGCUGGUGCCCCUGCUCGGCCUCCAGUAUAUGUUAACGCCGUUUCGUCCUGGUCAGGAGCAUCCCUUGGAGUAUACAUACCAAGUCAUCUCGGCAUUUACGGCCUCAUUUCAAGGCUUGUGCGUGGCCACAUUGUUCUGCUUCUUCAAUGGCGAGGUGAUUGCCCAAGUGAAGCGCAAAUGGCGCACGGUCUGCUUCAGCAAUCGACCAAGGACCAACUCUUAUACAGCCACUCAGGUCUCGUUCGUGCGCUGCGGUCCGCCAGUGCCUGGCGAGGAGAAGGUAUGACUAAAGGACUUGUCGGCAUCGGCCAAGCGACGCUCCUCAGCGCCCCAUCGCCCACAUCAACAACAACAACAACAACAACAACAACAACAACAACAGCAGCUGCAGCAGCAGCAGCAACAUUUGCUGGCACAGCAGCAGCGGGCGAGGAGCCAGAGCCUGGGCAUGACAGGCGCCACAAGCAGCUCGUCCCGCCUUAUCGAUGGCUGGCGCCAUAAACUGCGUUUGCUGCGGCGCCCGAGCGUGGACAAUGCGCAUCAGCGGCAGCCGCUUAUGGAGGAAACAGCUGGCAAUUCGCAGCCGCAAAUGGCAGCCAAUACGCAAGCGGAGGCGGACAGGCCGACGCUGAUGACGACAAUAGCAGAAGAUGUCGCCGAAGCAGCAACAACAACUGCAACUGCAACAGGAAUAACAACAACAACAACAACAAACAACGCAACUGAACAGCGAAAUGGCACGGGCAUGGGCUUAGGAUUAGUAUCGAGAUCGGGCUUAGGCCUCGCACCUGGCAUAGGUGUUGUCAUUGUCAGCGUCGAUGCGAAUGACCAACAGCAUAUUGCCGAUGAGGCGCUUUAAGCAACACACACACACACACACAUACACAGAGACACCCACAAAUCGAGUCACAAAACUCUGUUACGAAUUCUCAUAGUCUAAGCCAAUUUUAAGCAUGCUACCCGCCCAAAUAGAUAACCAUACUUGAAACUAGAAACCAAAACAAAUGAAAAUGCACCCCACCUAGAAAAAAAAGAAAACAACAAAAAUAUAUAAAUAGUCGCCCGCCCUUCAGACCGAUAAACAAUCGUAAGCUAUAGCAAAUAUCAAUGCAAAGUUGCUUUAAUAAAAGAAAUAAAUAAAACCUUAAGCUAAACUUUUGUGCAGCUAAAGUCAUAAAAUCAAAAUAGUACUUUGCAAAAACGUUCCGAGUUUCAGCUCUGCAACUGUUUCACAGUUAGGUGUUGAGCAACGUUUAAAAUUAUAAUCAUAAUAUAUAUAACAGUGCUGCAAAACCGAAAGUAGACAGUUAUCGAUAACUAUCGAAUUAAAAAUGUUCCGGUAUUUAUUUAAUAUACAUUCAACUUAUGAAAAUGUGUACAACUUGCAAUGGUAUUGAAAUAUCGAUAGUCGUUAUGCACAAACUAUCGAUGUAAGUAAUCGCUAUUGAUAAUUAUCGAAAUGAAAUGUUUAAAUAUUUAUUGAAUAUAAAUUUUAUGUUUGAAAAUGUUUAAAACUAUCACUGUUAUCGAUAUAUCGAUAACCCUUAAAUUAUCGACUUAAACAACAGCUUUCCAGCACUACAACUAAAAAAUGUAUUCUUAGACCUAAGCUAGAUAUCUAAUAACAAAAUUAACAAAUAUUGCAGUUAAAGCGAAGCUCCGAAUUCGGCUCGUUAAAAAGCGCUCCCAAAUAAAUAUGCUGCACAAAAGUUGGCAUAAUUGUUGUAAUAACGAAAUGUAACUAGCAUUUAAUUUACAGCGAACCCAUAUUCAUAAAAGUAAACUAUUAUAUGAUUAUUAAGAAUUUAUGUGGAUAUCAAAUAUCAUUGUUGUCGUAAGUGUUAUGUGUCUCUAUAACUAAAUUAUCAUGCAUAUGUGGCUAUUUAUAUAUACAUAUAUAUUUAUGUGGUAAGCUGAGCUUUCUAACAUUUUUAAAAAUUAGGCGCUUUAUGUUUUCGCUAUUAUAGAUGAAUGCUUCGAAAUCUGUGUAUAUGAAAUAAAUAUGUGAAUAUAUGUGAAAUAUAAACCCGUUAAAUGAAA